CGUCGAAUAUCAUGGCUGCUCACAAGCUGCAUGUCAUCGCAGUCUUGUUUUGAAGUGAGCAGUUUUAAAUGUAUUGCGCGAAAGGAAUGAUCUGUGCAGCACUUAAUUUUCUAGCAACGUUAUGUCUUUCAAUUCAUGCAGGUCCAAUUGGCAUCUCAGAAGCAAACACCGAUCAAAACAUGUAUGAAAGAGUUGUGUUUCGAGAGUUAUUGAAAGAUGCUGUGUUAAGAGAACUUGUUAAGAAUCAUAUAAAACAUUCGGAAACACAGAAAUAUCACAAUACAAAACAUGAAGUGAAAAAAUCAGUAGAACCAACUCAAAGCACCCUCUCCAACAAUAACGUGAAGCAUGUUUUAGUUAUGACUUUAGCUGUACCACUAGAACAUUUUUUGCUGCUUGAACCAGAAUUUCUGCAAGAUAUUGAAAAUCACAUCAAAUACAAAGGUGUGAGAUGUCUUAUUUCUGAAGCAAGUGAGUCUGCUGUUUCUACUGUGCUGUUGGAUCUGUAUUGUUUGUAUCACAUACCAGCAAAACUAUCAAAGGUGUCUUCAUCGCUUUAUGUGCCAACCCAUAAGUUGGAAAGAUUAAUGACAAGUGGAAACAUGAGGGGAUUCCUUCAAAAAUAUAAUGUUACAAAGUUUUAUAGCAAGGUCAACGAGGCAAGAAUAUUGUCCAUGUCUUCUUUACCUUUCACACACAACACAUGGUUACCAAUCGUCCUUGCCAUAUGUGGCAUUGUUUUGUUGGUCAUCAUCUGUGUCUUUAUAGUUAUGUGUAUGAAAAAGAAAAAUAUAGAAGAAGGUGAAAUUCCCAGUGGGUCUUCAUUGCGUGACACGAGGCGGCAUAGUAGUUUAGCGAUAUCUCCAAUAAAAAGCAGAAAUUCUUUCUCAGUGUCGCCUAAGAAGUUUUUAUAUGCACCACAAAAGAACUCCACCCCUAUAUUCUCAUUCACAUCUCCAACAAAGUAUAAGGACAAGGUGGUUUAUCCGCUCAAUAGUCCGAUAGAAACCACACCGCCGUGUUAUGUGCAACCACCAGUUGAUUUGUUAUUCCCAGUUGGUUCAUCUGUAAGAGGUAGCUCUCGUGGUAGCACUGGAAACAGCUCAAGCGAUAAAUCAAGAACGUUGUUACAAUCAAGACGUGGAUCAUCAGCAUCUCUGAUAAUUGAUUUAUCACCUGUCACACCUGUCUAUGAUUUCAUUGCACAUGAAAGUCCAACAGAAGAAAUCCUUUUACGGAAAUCUAGAUGUAUUCGAUAUAGAGAAUUACAAAUGCUAAAAGAUAAUGACAAAGAACUGCAUGAAGAAUUUUGGAGCAUUCCACCUAAUACAGUUUCUCGUAAAGAUUCAAAUAUGAAAUCAAGUCUAAAGAACAGAUAUCCCGAAAUAGUUCCAAAUUCCAAAACCAUGGUUCGAUUAAAAGAUGCAGAUGAAAGUCCUGUUUACAUCAAUGCAAAUUAUAUUAAAGGUUACAAUGGGGUGCCAAAUCAAUACAUAGCCACACAAGGGCCAUUAACUUGUACAUUGGCAGAUUUUUGGUUAAUGAUUUGGCAAUACAACUGUUCAAUUAUCGUCAUGAUAACAAAACUAAAAGAAAAAAAUAAGGAUAAAUGCAUGCAAUAUUGGCCGUCACCUGACACCGUAACACAGAUCACGUACGGCGACGUGGUUGUGACGUAUGAUUCGGAAAUGAAUCGAGAUGGAUAUAAAAUACUAACGCUUUACGCAUCCCACAAAGGUUCUGAAGAAUGUCGUAAAGUUACUCAUUUCUGGUUCACUGGAUGGCCAGAUCAUAAAGUACCUAAGCAUUGCACCCAGGUGGUGAAUUUAACGAGAGAUGUGAGACAGAUUCAGUCAACACAAUCUGGACCUGUUGUUAUACACUGCAGCGCUGGUCGCGGCAGAACUGGUUGUUUUAUUGCGUUGUCAUUAGGGAUGUCGCAAAUUGACGAAGAAAACGAAGUAGAUAUAUUAAAAAUAGUCAGUAGAAUGAGAAUUGAUAGGGGAGGCAUGGUGGAUAAAGAUCAUCAAUAUAUAUUUAUUCACAAAGCUUUGUACCACUAUUGGACAAGUAAACGGUGUUCUUCAUCUUCUUCACCCUCAUUGAGUCGGUCGUCGUUAGAACACGCUGAAGAAAUGCGAGAGUCGGAAGACUCGCUGGUUGACUCUCUCGAAGGAGACGCUGAAUUCAAAGGUUUUUCUUUUGGUAAUUAGUAAUAAUGAAUGAAGAAUAAAAUAAAUUUUGUGAUUGAAAGUGCGUCAAGUGAUUUGUAUUUGCCAUGUUUAUUUUGGUGCGCCGAAGUCAGAGACAAACGAGCAAAAACCCUCGAAUUAUAUUGGAUAAAGGGAAAUUAUUCGAACUUUUUACUCGACAUUAUGCAACUGUUUACUCGCCAUUAUGCAAUACUUUUCGUUAAAUCCGUACAAAGAAUUUAGAAUUUUCUAAGGUUAAGAAAAAAUUGGAAAUAGGAAAAUGUUAGUUGCCUGUAUUUAAGUUUUAGUCAGAUAAAGUCAGCAAAUUCAGAAAUGUAUGUAAAAAAUAAAAUGUCAAGAAGAAUCAGGGAAAAAUAUUUUGAAAUUAAACAGGAAAUAUUUCUGUGUAAAUUCCUUACGCAAUUGCUUUUUUAACAUGAAUGGAAUUCGUAUCCUGAGAACCUUCUAUUCAUACACAUACCACUAGCGAUGAGGCAAUGUUUGCAAAUUUAAUUCUUUUACUGUUACGGUAUUUCGGUAUAAAAUUUUGUGUUAUAGUUAAUUUAAUCAUAUAAUUAUUUGAAACAAAGUUUUAGAAACCAAGUAAAAACAUCUCUUUUUAGUAAGCAUCCUAAUAAAAAUAUUUGUUUUUCGCAGUUGGCAAUAGUACUAAAAUACCAAUGCAUUAUAAAAUCUUCUCGUCGCAUUAUUUGUUGUUAUUAUUUGCAUAUUCUUUAUUUUUUGACACAAACAUAUAUAUAUAUAUAAAGUUAUUUUUUAACAUAUAUUUAUCAAAUAUCUAUGGACGAAAUUAUAGUGGAGUAAAUUUAUUUUACGACAGGUGGACAUUUUUGCGCAAAAAAAAUGUUAGUUUAAAAUUUAGAUAUAUUGGAAAUAUUAGAUGAAAAUAAGACAAAAUCUGUGCGGUUUGUUAUCCCUCUCGGAGAGAUAAACAUCGGAGGUAUUAACAUCUAAGGGAUAAACAUUGGUGGGAUAAACAUUGGAGGGAUAAGCAUUGGAGAUCUAAGGGAUAAACAUCGGAGGGAUAGACAUCAGAGGGAUAAACAUCGGAGGGAUAAACACAUUCUCUAUCAACAUAGUUUAUAUUUACAUUUAUACUUGCGUUAUUGAAAGCCAUAUUUACUCGGAUGAGGCCUAUUCAAAGAAAAAUGUUAACUACACUUUUGAAUAAGCUUCCGUAUUUUUGAAACUGACGGGCGCCUUGAAGUUGUGUUCUCAACAAGAGAGGCGGUCGUUUAAAGAUUCAAAAAGAGCCGACCAGGAAACGUUUUAUUCAAUAUUGCGCAUCCAUAGGAAUGGAGCGUUCAUCCGAGUGAACAUUUGGUAAAUGUAUUUUUUUUAUCGUUGUGUUUAUACACGAACACGUUUAACUUGUCCGUAGAGAGGUUAUAAUUAGGAUUGUGUUGAGAAUAGCCUUGACUUAGCAGCAGUUGAAAUUACAUGUUUCUUAUAAACAAGUUUCUUAUAAACAGGUUCUUUUAAGAAGAAGUACUUCGCAGUCUAUUUGCUUCGGAUUUUUUUUCUUCGUUGUACUUUGACAAACCUACCUGCUAAGCUAUCUUCAUUAUUGUGUUUUGUUGUCUGGGUAUAGAAGUUAAGUGUGUUUUCAUAAAAGCGAUAUUCUAGUUCUAAUACAUACUUUGAAAACAUAA